CGAACCGAACUUGUUGAUAUUUACCUGUAUUUAUCUGGCUACUAUGAACUGGGGAGAAUUUCAAGAAGAAGAAGAAUUGGCAAUAAUACGGGAAUACACAAAUAUAUCAAGAGAAGGAAUAUCAACGAUCCUGCAUCGCUUCUCGAAAUGUCGCAACAAAGUGCUAUCGUCCAGACAACGACACCGACUACGACGGUCUCGGAAAUGACGCCGGUACUUGGAACUCUACAGUCCGUGGGACCUAAUAACCAGACGUCAUCGGUUCUGCCUAACGUGCAAAGCGGCACUACGACAACCGCUGUACAGCCACAAACGCAAUCUCAACAAACUCAGUACGUUCCCCAACCUCCAAAACCGGUGCAGCAGUCAUCCACUCCAAGUUCUUUUAGCGAUUUUCCACAAUUUUUAACAAAAACGAGGCUACAAGAUUUGGUAAGAGAAGUGGAUCCCACUGAACAGUUGGAUGAAGAAGUAGAAGAGAUGCUUUUACAAUUAGCAGAUGACUUUGUGGAAACAACGGUAAACGCAGCUUGUCUGUUAGCUAAACAUCGUCAUGCAAACACAGUGGAAGUUAAAGAUGUACAAUUACAUUUAGGAAGAAAUUGGAAUAUGUGGAUUCCUGGUUUUGGUACGGAUGAAGUACGUCCAUAUAAGCGAGCUACUGUCACUGAAGCACAUAAACAAAGAUUGGCGCUUAUACGAAAGUCUAUCAAGAAAUAUUAAUUCUUUUGUGAAUUAAUUUUUUAGUUUUGAAAAUUAAAAACUUGUAUUUU